GAAAUAUUAUGAAGCCAGCCGACUAAAAAAAUGGAAUGAGCUUGAAAUUCACUCUCGCCCAGUAGAAAUACCGAAGUCGCAAAAUUGCUGCUUCGAGCUUGUGUUUUCUCGUGUAAACCAUGUGGGGAUUCCUGAAAUUUGAUUCAAGAACUUGAAACCAUAAUCAUUAUCGAUCGACAAAGCCCUCAAGUCCCUGAUGAUUAAAUAAUCGACGGAUGCUAGAAGUGAUGGCUAGAGGGAGAUUCAAGAAUCGGUGGCCCACUUUUCUGAAGAUCACUGUAAUCUGGUCAAUCUGCGGGCUUACCUUUUUCUGUCUCUUCAAGAUAGCUCUGUGGAGUUCCUCAGCCCCUGUGGAUAAUAAUCCCAAUCAGCCCACUGUUGCAACAGAUUCUUAUACAUAUGCAGAGCAGAGAUCAAUACUUUAUGCGAAAAUGGCGAAAGAUUUGGAUGAGAAAGGACCCGUUUUUCUUAAACAAGGAGAAACUUCUCAGUCUUUAUCCCUCUCAGAUCUUUUCACGCUAAAGAGUGGAAUACUAACACCUGUGCUGAGGGCUGCCGAUCCUCCAGUACGAGCAAAUGUGUUGCAUUUAAGCACUCAGUUCUCAGUCCCAAUCUCGAACACUGUGAAUCAUACCUUCUCCCCAUACUUUGAUAAAGAUUUCUUCUUAGCAAUCUGGUUUCAGGACCCUAACAUAUACCACUUUAGCAUGUUCCACGCCUCACAUCACAUAACACCUGUUGAAGCUGAAGUUAGAGCUGUAAAAGAUGUUGCAGAUAGUAUCUGCCCUAUCCACAUUGCCCUUAAUCGGGUGGUUCUAACUUCAACGGGCGUUUUACUAGGCUGUUGGCAGGUGGUCUCUGGUGUUGACCCAGUUACUAUCCGUUCUAAAUUAAAAGAUGCUCUUCCACGUGCUCCUCAAAAACAGCUUUAUGAUGAUGCGAUACUUCAUACUUCAUUCGCAAGGCUUUUGGGCUCGCCUAAGAGGUGCACUGAGGAGGAAAAGAAAAUGUCCGAUAUCCAGAUGUUUCAUGAACUCGUUGAAAGACUAAACAACAAAAUCCAGGGAAUGAAGGCCACAGUUUCGGAACUCUGGUACGUGGAAGAAUACGAUUUGCUUGCGCUUGCUUUAAACGGGAAAAUGAAGAUUCAAAAGUUUGUCUUUCAGAUGCAUGAGGAGAACUGGAAAGUAUAGAUGUAGAUUUUGGAAUAGUGAAAAGGAUAAAAAUUUGUAAGCCAUCACAUGGCAUGUUAUAGAAAAUCUUACACUUGUUUGUUACAAGUAUUUUGGCACAGUUGAUAACAAAUAAUCAAAUAUAUAUUAUCCAUGUAGUUGUUACAGUUGACAUUUGUCAUGAAAAUCGUCAAAACUCUACGGGUAGCAACUUUAUGAUCACUAAUAAAUAGCUCUAUUAAGGUUGGUUUGAAGCUGUUU